AUGGUUAGCAUUAAGAGAGCUCUCGUGGGUAUUAUGUCUGUUGCCGCCGUCAUGGCUGGCUCUUCGGACAACAGUAUCGUCACCCCUGGCUGGGGACAAACUGCCAAUGCUAAUGAUGUUUUGAAAAUUACCUGGAACCCCACCACGUCUGGUAACGUCAAUCUUGUUCUUAGACAAGGUGGAUCUCAAGACCUUACUACUCUUUACACAAUUGCUUCCAACAUUGCUAACUCUGGAUCUUACACUUGGAAUAUCCCUGCUAACCAAGGAACCAAUACUGAUUACUCUAUUGAAAUUGUCCCAGUAGAUAACUCUGAUGAGUCUAACUUCAGCCCUUACUUCACUAUCUUAGGUGUUGGUCAAGGAAUUACUAGUAGUAGUGCUGCUAGUGGCAGUGCUACGAGUACCGAUUCUCAAAGCAGCGUCGCAUCUUCUGCAUCUGCCUCUGCUAGUGGAACUUCAUCUGAUAGUACUUCUAGUGCUACUACGUCUGGCAGUGCUUCUGCUUCAGCUACUGACUCUUCGUCCACUGAUUCUGCAACGUCGUCUGGUGCCACUACCGGCUCUUCGCUCUCCACCAAGGCCAAGGCUGCUGUUUCUACUUCUGCUCAAUCUAGUGCUGCUACCAGUGCUGCAACUACUUCGGCCUCUGCAUCUAAAUCUGCUGCCACUGGUGCUGCUGCCGUCCAACCAGUCAAUGCUGCUGUCGCCCUUGGUGCUGCAUUGGGUGCUGUCGUCCUUGCUACCUUGUAA